CUCUUCUUUGAUAAUUUAAGCAAUCUCUUAAAUCUUACCUCUUACCAAAAAAAACCUAGUAGUAAUUAGUAAAGAAAUCAAAUACUCAAAAUCUCAAAGAGCGAAAAUUUCCCUCCAUUUCCCAAAUAUUAUCCAACAAAAAUGGCGGCAAAAUGAAAAUUAGGGAACAUUCACACAUAUAAACCGCACUUUCUCUCUCUUUCUCUCAGGUAUCAACCCAGUUCUUCAAAGUCUCACACUACAUUCCUUCGUUGAUAAUCAGCCGUUGCAUUUCACUCUGUGUACAAAUUGCUGGGAUUUUCAUCAUAAGGUAAUUCCUCGUUUACUGCCGUGCUUUAGCUGUGCACGUAUUCCUCAAUAUAUUCAGGAAUGGGGACAAAAAGGAAUGUAAGUGCAGAAGAUGUGGCUUUGGAUGACACUAAAGCAAAUGAGCCUAGUAGUGAAACCUCAAAAGGGAAACAGAAAAAGAGGGAGAGAAGUGAGGCCAAUGGGGAAAAGGCAUUGGAUGACACUAAAGCAAAUGAGCCUAGUAGUGAAACCUCAAAAGGGAAACAGAAAAAGAGGGAGAGAAGUGAGGCCAAUGGGGAAAAGGCAUUGGAUGACACUAAAGCAAAUGAGCCUAGUAGUGAAACCUCAAAAGGGAAACAGAAAAAGAGGGAGAGAAGUGAGGCCAAUGGGGAAAAGGCAUUGGCUUCUCGGAGGAUGCCAAAGCGUGCUGCAGCAUGUCCAGAUUAUAAGGAAAAAGCCGUUCGUCUAUCUGAUAAAGAUCACCUUGUGGAUAGAAAAAGGGAGCCCACUGUUGAAAAUGAGAUAGCUGCCAUUGGCUUGACCACAGGCCAUGAUGAUCCCAGACCCAAUCGACGCCUCAUAGACUUUAUUUUCCAUGAUGAGAAUGGUAAAGCACAACCAGUGGAGAUUAUGGAAGUUACUGAGUUGUUUAUUACCGGUGUAAUCCUGCCACUAGAGCCUAGUGGUGACCCAAGUAAAGAUAAGGGAGUAAGAUGUGAGGGCUUUGGACGGAUUGAAACAUGGGACAUCUCUGGCUAUGAAGAUGGUGCACCAACUAUUUGGAUAUCAACAGACAUAGGUGAUUAUGAUUGUGUGAAGCCUGCUGCCUCCUACAAGAAAAUUUAUGGACUUUUCUACGAGAAAGCACGUGCAUGCAUUGAAGUCUACAAGAAACUUUCAAGGUCUUCAGGGGGUAACCCUGAUAUAGCACUUGAUGAACUGAUUGCUUCACUAGUUCGCUCGAUGAGUGGCAGUAAAAAUUUUCCCCCAGGUGCAUCCAUCAAAGAGUUCAUCAUUUCACGGGGUGAGUUCAUUUACAACCAGCUUAUUGGAUUGGACAUUACAUCCAACAAGAAAGAUCAGAAGUUCUCUGAUCUGCCUGUUCUUGUCACCCUUCGUGAUGAGUGUAAAAAAAACUUGUCAUUUGCACAAGAAGCUGUGGCUCCCUCAAAUUUGGCUUCUGGUGGGAGUCUGAAAAUUCGGGAUGUAGAGAGGAAAGAUGAGUCAAACACAACAGUGGCUUCUGCAGAAGAGGAUGAGGAUGCAAAGUUGGCCAGAUUGUUACAGGAGGAAGAGGAUUGGAGGUCUAUGAAUCAAAGGAAGGGCAGACGGCAAACUGCUUCAAACAAGUACUACAUUAAGAUUAAUGAAGAUGAGAUUGCAAUUGACUAUCCUCUACCUGCUUACUACAAGCCUAACGAGGAAGAGACUGAUGAGUACAUCCUUUUUGACAAUGACAUGGAUGUUACUGAUCCAGAUGAGCUACCCAGAAGCAUGCUUCAUAAUUGGUCACUGUAUAACUCUGACUCACGAUUAGUUUCUUUGGAACUUCUUCCAAUGAAGCCAUGUGAUGACAUUGAUGUUGCCAUUUUUGGGUCUGGGAUCGUCACAGAUGAUGAUGGAAGUGGUUUUUGUCUUGAUGCUGAUGAUCAAUCUUCGUCAGCUUCUUCCGAGGUGCAGGAUGUGGGUGGAAUCCCUGUUUAUUUAAGUGCAAUUAAGGAAUGGAUGAUUGAGAUCGGAGCUUCCAUGGCCUUCAUAUCUAUCAGAACUGAUAUGGCCUGGUAUAGGCUUGGAAAGCCAUCAAAGCAAUAUGCUCCAUGGUACGAAACAGUUAUGAAAACAGCAAGGCUCGCAGUUAGCAUCAUUACUCUAUUAAAAGAGCAGAGUCGUGUGGCACGUUUAUCCUUUGCUGAGAUUAUCAAAAGAGCGGCAGAAUUCGAAAAGAACCACCCUGCUUUCAUAUCAUCAAAUCCAGCUAUGGUAGAAAGGUAUGUGGUGGUCCAUGGUCAGAUUUUACUGCAACAGUUUGCAGAGUAUCCAGAUAAUACUAUCCGAAAUUGCCCUUUUGUAACUGGACUAUAUGAUAAGAUGAUUACAAGGCAUCACACAAAAUGGACAGUGAAGAAAAAGGCUUUGACAAGGAAAGGUGCAAACUUGAACCCAGUGGCUAAAAUGGUUCCUAUUGCAAAAAGGAAACUAAUGCCAGCCACAACCACUAGAUUGAUCAACAGAAUAUGGGGAGAAUUUUAUUCAAAUUAUUCGCCAGAGGUGUCCAAGGAGGAAACUGUUGCUGAAUUGAAAGAGGAUGAAGCUCAGGAGGAGGAAGAAGAACUGGAAGAAGAUAUCGAAGAGGAGCAAGAAGAGAAAGUGUCCAUUGAAAAAACUGACAAAAUGCCUAGAGCAAGUGGGAAGAGAAAGCACAGUUGUUCAUCUCAGGAUAUUAAAUGGGAAGGAGAGCUGAUUCAGGAAACUCGUGCCAGUGGGACUUUCUACAAACAGGCAAAUGUAUUUGGGGAUUUGGUUAAUGUUGGGGGUUGUGUCCUUGUUGAAACAGAUGAGUCGGAGGAGCUGCCUCCUAUCUAUUUGGUGGAAUAUAUGUUUGAAAAAUCGAGUGGAAAAAAAAUGGCCCAUGGACGACUGUUGCUGAGAGGAUUGCAAACAGUUCUUGGUAUUGCUGCGAAUGAGAGGGAGGUGUUCUUGACAGAGAACUGUCUGGACUUCGAGCUGGAGGAUGUUAAGCAAUGCAUAAAAGUUGAAAUUCGACAGGUGCCAUGGGGACAUCAACACCGGGAGGCUAAUGCCAUAAAUGACAAGAUUGAUCGGACAAAUGCAGAGGAGAGAAAGAGUAAAGGACUACCUCUAGAAUAUUAUUGCAAAAGCUUCUAUCAGCCUGAUAAAGGUGCAUUCUUUUCUCUUCCUAACAAUUCAAUCGGGAGUGGAACUGGUAUCUGCCAUGCUUGCAAAACUAGGGAGGCAGAGAAGGAGCACAGUUCCCUAAAGGUGAAUUCGUCAAAAACAUGCUUUUCUUAUGAAGGAGCUGAGUACAAUAUUGAGGACUUUUUCUAUGUAGCCUCUCGACAUUUUGCUGAAGAUGAGAAAGAAAAUGAAAAAUUUAAGAGUGGCAGGAAUGUGGGCUUGAAACCCUAUGUGAUUUGCCAGCUCCUGGAUAUUGAGAUGCCUAAGGCUUCUCGAAAAUCUGAUCCAGAGUCUAUAAAAAUUAAAGCACGGAGAUUUUUUAGACCUGAAGACAUUUCAGCAGAGAAGGCAUAUCGUUCUGACAUUCGUGAGGUUUACUUCAGUGAGCAAAUACAUAAAUUAACUGUAGCUGCUGUUCGAGGGAAGUGUCAGGUCAGAAGAAAGCAUGAUCUAUCAUCUUUAAACUACCCUGCUGUCUACGAGCAUAUCUUCUUCUGUGAACAUCUAUAUGAUCCUGAUAGUGGAGCUAUUAAACAGCUUCCUAGCAAUGUUAGGGUUUACUCCGUUGAUGAUGAGUCCAUGUCUAGAAAGAAGAAGGGAAAAGGUAAAGAAGGUGAAGAUGAUGACGCUGUCAGACAAAAAGAUGAAUCUUCGAAGAAGCGGUUGGCUACUCUCGAUAUCUUUGCUGGCUGUGGUGGCCUGUCUGAAGGUUUAGAGCAAUCAGGUGCGUCGCAGACCAAAUGGGCUAUUGAAUAUGAAGAGCCUGCAGGUGAAGCAUUCAAGCUCAAUCAUCCAGGGGCGUCAGUGUUUAUAGACAAUUGCAAUGUGAUCCUCAGGGCAAUCAUGUCAGCUUGUGGGGAUGAAGAUGACUGUAUAUCUACGCCUGAAGCUUCGGAGGAGGCAAAGAAGCUUGAUGAAAAGGUUAUUAAUGAUUUACCUAGACCUGGGCAAGUGGAUUUCAUCAACGGAGGGCCACCGUGUCAGGGGUUUUCUGGAAUGAAUAGGUUUAACAAAAGUGCUUGGAGUAAGGUGCAAUGUGAAAUGAUCCUGGCUUUUCUAUCAUUUGCUGAAUAUUUCCGGCCUAAAUAUUUUCUUUUGGAGAAUGUGAGGAAUUUUGUGUCAUUCAACAAAGGCCAGACAUUUCGCUUAACCCUGGCUUCUCUUCUCGAGAUGGGUUAUCAGGUGAGAUUUGGUAUUCUAGAAGCUGGAGCCUGUGGUGUUUCCCAAUCCCGUAAACGUGCAUUUAUCUGGGCUGCAUCUCCUGAAGAAACACUGCCUGAUUGGCCCGAGCCGAUGCAUGUUUUUGCAGGUCCAGAGCUCAAAGUCACUCUGGACAGAAAUAGUCAGUAUGCUGCAGUGCGGAGUACUGCAACUGGUGCCCCAUUUCGCUCGAUUACAGUCAGAGAUACUAUUGGAGAUCUCCCUGCUGUAGGAAAUGGGGCUUCUUUAGUGACUAUGGAGUACAAAAAUGAGCCUGUAUCUUGGUUCCAAAAGAUGAUCAGAAGGGAUAUGGUGAUUUUAAUUGAUCAUAUAUCAAAAGAGAUGAACGAGUUAAAUGUAGUACGUUGUCAAAGAAUUCCCAAACGCCCUGGUGCUGACUGGCGAGACCUGCCAGACGAGAAGGUUAAGCUGUCUACUGGACAGAUGGUUGAUUUGGUUCCUUGGUGCCUGCCAAACACCGCGGAAAGGCACAACCAGUGGAAGGGUCUAUUUGGAAGGUUGGAUUGGGAAGGAAACUUUCCAACCUCUAUUACUGAUCCACAACCUAUGGGUAAGGUUGGGAUGUGUUUUCAUCCUGAUCAAGAUAGGAUAGUAACAGUUCGUGAGUGCGCUAGAUCUCAAGGUUUUCCAGAUAGCUAUAUAUUUGCUGGCAACAUCCAACACAGGCACCGGCAAAUUGGUAAUGCAGUUCCACCACCUUUGGCCUUUGCAUUGGGUAGGAAACUUAAAGAAGCUGUUGACAGGAAAUGCUGUUGAGUCUGAUGAUAUUGUAUCAACCAACUAAGCGUAAAUGAUAAUUAGUGCGGAUAAUUCUUACUAGAUAGAGGAAAGAUUAGAGAAUCUACAAUGCUUUGAGCCUAAUUAAGGCUUCCAUCCAUGAAAUGAUAAAUUGAGUUUGAUGUGAUGAACUGUCUUUGAGCCUUUGGCCUUUGAGUUCGUUAUUUUUGUGAAUAUAAUGUAAUGCAACAGUAUUGACGGAUGUUCAUAAGCCUGAGCGUCAUCUAAAGGAAGUAAUUUUUGCUCA